GUCAUUUUCGUAUAAAAGAAGAUUCAAUGUCAAAAUAUUUAACCUAAAACUUAUUCAAUAUCACAAUGAUAAACACAGAAACCGAAAAUCCCGAGAAUUAUAGGAGGCCUCCUAUUGACCCUAAUAAUAGAAAAAGAUACCAAUUCACCCCCGAUGAACUGAGAGUUUUGAAGGAAUGCAACAAAGAAAGUUUUUACCAAAGAUGUAUUCCUAUCAGUACUAUAUUAGGCGGUGUAGCAUAUUACGCAGUGAAAACGGGCUAUUUGAGAGGUAACCCACGAUUUGGGGCGACUCCAAAAGUUAUAGUAGGAGCAAUUGUGGGUUAUUUUAUUGGAAAAUUUUCAUACCAAUCAAAAUGUGCAGAAAAAUUGAUGCAGUUACCUCAUAGCCAAAUAGGGGAAAUGUUAAGACAGAAACGACGAGGAAAGGUCUCCGAGACUGCUGAUAGUGGGUUUGGUCCAGGGUUCUCCUUGGCUCCGUUUUCUGGAGUCAGCUCAGCAGACACAUAUAGUGAUGUGAAUCCCUUUAGUAGUCUGGAUUUGGAUACUACUAGACCUGAAACACCUGGAUUAGAUGACCAUUUUAGGCCUUCUAUGGAUAACCAAACUUUAGAAAUGUAUGAAGAAAUGCCCCCUGAACAAAAAAGGACUACAACUUAUGAAGAAUUAAGGAAGAAAAACAGGGAAGAAUAUGCACAGCAAAGAACAAGUAGUUUUAGAGAUCCUUUCAAUAAAUUGUCAGCAGAAGCUAAAUUUGAUAGGGAUUAUAAUGCCCCACAAGAAAAUAAGUAUGGUGAUAAAUUUGAAUGAUCUAUAUAUAAUUAAAGGUUUACCUUCAA